ACAAGUCUCUUUCUUUCUUUAGGUCAGGGCUUUGGAACACGCACGAAGGAUCGAUCCAUUCCAUGAGCCAAUAGCGCUCGCGCUCUCUCUCUUUCUCUCUUCCGUGAGCUUGAGAUCAUGGCGCCUCUCCUCCACAGGCCUCCAGCGGCGCCGGCAUUCCCUGCAUUUUCGAUCCAGCUCCGAAAUCCCGGCAGCCGGGUGAGCCUUCUCGUUGCCAGUAGCAAUUCCGGGGGAGUAUCGAUCAGAUUUCUCAAGUCGCGGGCCUCCUCUCCAUCGUUAGACGGGAUUUCAUCCUCCUCUCUUCCCGAAUCCACCACACUUCUGUCCAGGCCCUCCCUAGCGUCGUCGUCUUCGUCCUUGAUGCUGGCGCCUUCGAAUUUUCUGGGACAAUUCAACAGGCUCUCGAUUGCCGAUCAGCUCUUCGUGGUGCUGGGCGUCCUAUCAUGCCUGACUGUUGGAGCGUUGCUUACGGCGCUAGUGGCAGCGAUUCCAACCUUGAAGGCAAUUCACCGAGCAUCGGUAUCACUGGAGAAGCUCUCGGACAUGGCACGGGAAGAAUUACCCGGGACGAUGGCGGCAAUCCGACUCUCGAGCAUGGAAAUCAGUGAUCUCACACUAGAACUUAACGAUCUGAGCUCUUUUUCUUUCACCUCUCCCAGUCAAGAGAUAUCCGAUGGUGUUAGAACCUCCGCUCGAGCAGUCCAGGCUGCGGAGGUGGGAAUUCGUCGAAUGGGAGCUGUCGCAGCGUCUCAAGUCUUUGCGAUGCUACAAGAGCGAGCGACCGUUCCAGUGCAAGCAGUCAAGCCAGUGGUGGCGAAUGCGGCAGAGACAACACGGCAGGCUGUGCUCCAAGCUCAAAGGGCAGUCCUCACUCUCGCCAGCCAUCCCCAGCUCUCGAGAUGGUUUUGGAAGAGUCUCAACGAAGAGGUGAGCCAGGAAGAGAAGCAGCAGGAGCUAUUUAGUAGCGAGCGAUCAGACAACACUGUAUAAAAAUGGUUAGUUCUUCCCAAAAAUCAAACGAAGAUCUACCAAAGAGCAUGAAUGUU